AAACCACCCAAACUGAACCAUAAACGGCCUGCUUGAAGGGAGUAAUUAUGGAGUGCCAGUGUACCCGGUAUAGUCAGUAGUCAGUACCAAUUGUAUUUAUUCCCCUUUUCUCUAUAAAUUCAAAUCCCAAGUCCAUGAUAGUCGCAAACCCCUCCGAUUUACGCAUUCCCGCCAUUUCCUCUCCCUCACUACCAUUUGCCCUCAUCUUCUCUCUUCCAAGUGAAAUUUCGCUUCUGCAUUUUACUCGCUUUCCUGCUUAACCCUACGUACUAUAGAUGCCACAAAUGGAGGCGUCGUUUGCACAUGAUCGAGAUGGUAACGAGCAAUCGCAGAUAAGAUCAUCUAUACCUGAAUUGGCAGAAGAGGAAGAGUCCACGGUUUAUAUGGCAUGUGUUAUGCACGGACACAGGAUUGGAGUUUCCUAUUAUGAUGCCAGUGCACGCCAACUCCAUGUGCUGGAAAUCUAUGAAGAUGGAAGUCAUGAUUUUUCCUUGGUUGAUAUGGUGAAAUAUCAGGCUAAACCUGGAACAAUCUAUACCAGUACUAAAAGUGAGGAAUCAUUUUUGGCAGCCUUACAGAGAAGUGAUGGUACAAGUGAUGCUCCUUCUGUAAAGCUUGUGAAAAGUUCAUUAUUCAGCCAUGAACAAGCAUGGCACAGAUUGAUGUACCUUCAAGUCACAGGGAUGGAUGAUGGUUUGAACAUAAAAGAGAGAACUGCUUUUCUAAGUUCUAUGAUGGACGUCAGCAGUGAUGUUCAAGUUCGUGCAAGUGGGGGCCUGUUAGCUGUGCUAGAAAAUGAGCGGAUCAUAGAUACCCUUGAACAAAAUGAAUGUGGGAGCGCAUCAAUUGCAAUUGACUGCAUUUGCGAAAUUUCUCUGGACAAAUUUCUCAAAGUUGAUUCAGCUGCUCAUGAAGCAUUACAAAUAUUCCAAAUAGACAAGCAUCCGAGCCAUAUGGGAAUUGGCAGAGCAAAAGAAGGGUUCUCUGUAUUUGGGAUGAUGAAUAAGUGUGUAACCCCAAUGGGUAGAUGUCUCUUGAGGAACUGGUUUCUGAGGCCUAUAUUGGAUCUUGAUAACCUGAAUCGGCGUCUUGAUACUAUAUCUUUCUUCCUGUCUGCUGAAGAAAUUUCGGUCUCUUUACGUGAAACACUGAAGUCUGUAAAAGAUAUUCCCCGCAUUCUCAAGAAAUUCAACUCUCCAAGUUCUAUAUCUACAAGUGCAGACUGGUCAGCUUUUCUGAAGAGUGUGUGUGCUCUCCUGCAUAUAAGCAAAAUAUUUGAAGUUGGCAUUUCUGGAUCUCUGCUAGAAGAAUUGACGUCUUUGGACUUGGAUAUUAUUGAGAGGGCUGGAUUUUUCAUUUCAGUCGAUCUAGCCUAUGUCUGUGAAUUGGUAAUUGGUGUCAUUGAUGUUGAUCGAAGUAAAGAGAAGGGUUAUGAGACAAUAGUAAAAGAGGGUUUCUGUGAUGAGCUGGAUGAACUGAGGCAGAUAUAUGAGGGAUUGCCAGAAUUUCUGGAAGAGGUUUCGGCCUUGGAACUUGCACGACUUCCUUGCAUGUAUGAAGACAAGGGGAUUCCUUCUAUCAUUUACAUACAUCAGAUAGGUUACCUAAUGUGCAUUUUCAAUGAAAAACUUGGUGAAGAAAUGCUAGAGAGUCUUCAGGACUAUGAGUUUGCGUUUGCUGAUGAGGAGGGAGAACAUAGGAGGUUCUUUUAUCAUACUGCAAAGACAAAAGAAUUGGAUAACCUUCUCGGAGAUAUAUAUCAUAAAAUUCUGGAUAUGGAGAGAGCUAUAACAAGAGACCUAGUGUCACAUAUUCUUCAAUUCUCAGUGCAUGUGCACAAGGCUGUUAGUUUUGCAGCUGAGCUUGACUGCAUUUUAGCGUUAGCCUUGGUUGCACGUCAAAACAACUAUGUAAGGCCAAAUUUGACUGCAGAAGAUUUGCUUGAUAUAAGGAGUGGAAGACAUGUUUUGCAGGAGAUGACUGUAGACACAUUUAUUCCCAAUGACACAAAUAUUACUCUUGAAGGAAGAAUUAAUAUCAUCACAGGCCCUAAUUAUUCGGGAAAAAGUAUCUACAUCAAGCAGGUUGCCUUGAUAGUUUUCCUUUCCCACAUUGGAAGUUAUGUACCAGCAGAUGCUGCCACAGUGGGUUUAACUGACAGGAUAUUUUGUGCCAUGGGGAGUAAAUUUAUGACUGCAGAGCAGUCGACAUUUAUGAUUGAUCUCCAUCAAGUGGGAAUUAUGUUAAGGCAUGCAAGUCCUCGGUCCUUGUGCUUAAUGGAUGAGUUUGGUAAAGGCACCCUUACAGAAGAUGGUAUCGGUCUCCUUGGUGGAACCAUAAAUCACUUUGUAUCAUGCUAUGACCCUCCAAAGGUCCUGGUUUGUACUCAUUUGACGGAGAUAUUUGAUAAUAGUUGUUUACUAGAGUCAGACAGAAUCAAGUGUUACACUAUGAGUGUGCUAAGCCGAGAUAAAGAUUGUGCCGAUGUUGAAGACAUUGUAUUUCUCUAUAGGUUGGUCCCUGGACGUGCACUCCUUAGCUAUGGGUUGCAUUGUGCCCAGCUUGCUGGAUUACCUCACGAAGUUCUAACGCGAGCAGCAUUAAUAUUGGAUACUAUCAAGAAUGACAACCAAAUGGAGAGACUUGUCAGUGAGGAUAUAAUAGCUCAGGAUCAGCAGUACAAGCAUGCAGUGGAGAAGUUGCUAGGCUUCGAUGCUCAAAAAGGUGAUCUGCUCCACUUCUUUGAAGAGAUCUUUGCUAGCCAAUCCUAAAAGGGAGGGGGUAUCAUACUCUUUUGACAUUCAGUUGUGAAUUGGAUAUAUUUUAUCAAUAAUGCAACUAUAUCCGUGAGACUU